AUGAUGAUGGCGUUCGAGAAUAUCGGCAAAAGACCUGCACAAGACCUGGCGGCAAAUAGGAUAGAACAGCCAAAAAAGAGAAAAGUCGAGUUCUCAGAUGAAAUAACAUCACAUCCGGCGCCUCAAGAUAUGAAUGAAAAUGGAGCCUUCUCAAUGGAAAUUUUCAGAAGAUUUGUCAAGUCAGGAUUAGACGAAAUGGAAAAAAAUGAGUCCACGCACAUCGAUCAGAUUGCCCAACAGAUAGCCCUUCCGAGCAACAACACAAACAGAAUCAGCGCAGAGCAUUUUGGUGUCUUACUAGAUGUUCUAUCCAAUAACAUUAACAAGAUUGACUCGGGACGGGGAGCAAUUUUGAUACAAGCUAUAAUCAACUUUGAGAAAUGGUGGGAAUUACCAUCACCAACUCUAAGUAAAUAUAUAUUCUUCAUUAGAAUCCUCUGCUCCAGUAUACCCAAAUGGUGGCAAGACGUUUCUAUGAUUCUGAUAUCAGGCUUUCAUUUGCCACUUGAAAAGACGGCAUGUCAUCAUGAAAUGCUGAAGUUUUUCUUAAGAAUGAUACCAUCAUCAAUGGGAUUCAUUGAUCUAUACAUGAUCCGUUUUUUUCCAAACAACAAUGACACCCGCAAAAAGCUGAUUAAUUAUAUCUCGAAUGUGCUGCAACUGACAACAUAUUGCAAAGAAUUACAGUUCCAAGCGUGGUCACUGUUAAUGGAAAGGGCAAUUUCGUUAGACGUUGCACUACAAAAUGAAUUAGAUGAACUGGAUGAUGACAUUGAAGAUAAUCUGAGCGAAUCUUCGGACAAUGACAACGAAUCAGAUAGUGACGAUGCUCCCGCUGCUGCUGCUGCUGAUGAUGAUGAUGAUGAUGAUGAUGAAGAUAACGAAAAUGGGGAAAAAUCAGAUGAACCAGAGGAUGAACAAGAAAAUGAAAUUUUAAGCGGUGACGAAUAUGACGAAGGUGAAGAAGAGUAUAAUGUCCAGGCUUCCAUGAACAUCAAAGAACUCUCUUGCAAGCUAGAUUCGAUUUUAACCUUGAUAAGUACACGCCUCGGUGAAAGACUAACCCCAGAAAGUUUGGAAAGUGGUGAAGGUGUAUCUAUCUUUAAUACCUUGAGUACCUUAUUCAAGACACACGUGCUUCCAACAUACUACACAAGAUCAAUUCAGUAUAUCAUGUUCCACAUGUCUCAGCAGCAAGUCGAACUAAUGGACUCAUUUUUAGUGACACUGAUCGAUAUUUCAUUUUCGCCGAACGAAACUUACGAGAAAAAGAUCAAGUCACUGCAGUAUUUGGGUUCUUUCAUUGCUCGCGCUAAGAAACUGUCGAGGACUCAAAUUAUCUUUGUUGCCAGUUAUCUAACGUCAUGGCUCAACCGCUACGUAAUAGAAAGGGAGGAUGAAGUUGAACAAUCGGGUGGAAUGGAUAGAUUUAAGCAUUUUUAUGCUGCGUUCCAAGCCCUCUGCUACAUCUUCUGUUUUAGGUACUCUUUAUUCAGGGACGCAGAUGGGAAUUGGGAGUGCGAACUGGAGAAAUUCUUUCCUAGAAUGGUUCUUUCAAAGUUCAAUCCAUUGAAGUAUUGCAAUGAAAAUGUGAUGCUUAUGUUCUCACGCAUCUCACAGCAUGAGGAUGUCGCAUAUUGUUUUAGCAUUAUAGAAAAUAACAAUAACGAGAGAUUAAGAGGUAUUAUUGGAAGAGGUGACAAAAAUAAAAAAAAUUCAGUAGCAUCGGCAGCUGCAUCAACGUGGUCUCUGGCUACAAGGCAACAGUUUAUUGAUUUGCAAAGCUAUUUCCCGUUCGAUCCACUAUUCUUGAAGCAAUUCAAAUCGAUGAUGAAGGAAUACUAUAUCGAAUGGAGCGAGGCGGGAGGAGAAUAUGAGAGUGACGAACUUGAUGAAUAA